AUGGCGCCUCCAGAAUUUCCCAAUGGCAUGACUUUGCACUCCAUUGGAUACGCCGCCCUCAAAUACCCCCAGCUGGCGGACGAGUGUCCAGUUCCACUUGGUAACCAACUUGGUGUUCUUCAGCAAUUUCUCUCGCCCACCGACAGAAGCAAUGCGAUUGACCAAAUCUCAUCGCAAUAUUUGGAUGGUACGUACUAUAUAUGGACUGUACGCCGUCUUUUGGCGCAAUUACUUACGCAACCUUGCACCACAGCCUCCUUGAAUACCAGACGAGCGACGACCCUCUAUUGAACGACAAAAACUCCUCCCAAUAUUAUUUCUCCGCCGUCAGCGCGCUGCUCAGUUUCCUUUGCACGAGCCCCGACGUUUCCCCUCGCGUGGCAAGGUAUAAGGAGGGCGCCAUCGCCCACGACAUUGUCGAAAAGAUGCUGGACCCCGAUUUCGAGAAGAACAUGAAAAAGUGCGAUCGCAAAUGUCCCCCACCGUUCCAGCCAGCUACAUUCGAUUCCGACUUUGGCACAAUGCUACAAUUGCUCUCGACAAUAAUGCUCUGGUCGGAGGGUAGAACCUUCCACCCACGCGUUGAGGACUUGAUCCCAAAGCUGCGACAAUGGAAGAAAACCUACAAAAACAGUUCAGUGAGGACCAUUUCGAAUGCCUCGGAACGGCUGGUGGGUCAGAUUGAAGGGACUGACCCUGAGAUGGCCGAGUUUGUGAGGGAACAACAGCAGAAUCAUUUGAUGUGGAGUUAAAUCAUGUCGGAAACAGACGGGUCUUACUGCUUGUGCUGCAUGUAAGAUUCAGCGGUAUUGUGGUAAGGAUCACCAGAAGGCGGAUUGGAAGUACCACAAACAUAUUUGCAAGAAGGGCCUGGCCGAGGAUCCGGAGGAAUUGCCGGCUAUGACUUCGGAGAAUUUGCUGGCCCAGAGCCGUCCUUGA